GACGUCAAGACAACACCGGAACCACUGUGCAGGGUACAGAAAAAUGGCGAAUCUCGUUGAAGCGACGACCCAACAGCAGUUUGACGAAUUUCUUAAGAAAGCAGGGAAAUGUCUAACAGUGGUGCACUUCCAGGCGGCGUGGGCUCCUCAGUGUGUUCACAUGAACGAGGUAAUGGCGGAGCUGGCCAAGGAGCACACGCAUACAACGUUUGUGAAGCUGGAGGCGGAAGCGGUGCCCGAGGUGUCAGAGAGGUACGGUAUCUCCUCUGUCCCCACGUUCCUUUUCUUCAAAGCGGGGGAGAAGGUGGACAGCUUGGACGGGGCCCAUGCUCCUGAGCUGACCAAGAAGGUGCAGCGUCUGACAGUGAGCGGGAGUCAGGCUGGAGCUGUAGAACUUGGCAGCACAGAUCUGAACCAGCGGCUGAAGAAGCUGAUCAACGCGGCGCCCUGUAUGCUCUUCAUGAAGGGUUCCUCACAGGAGCCUCGCUGCGGUUUCAGCAGGCAGAUCGUUUCCCUGCUCAAGCAACACAACAUCCAGUUCAGCACCUUUGACAUCCUGUCCGACGAAGAAGUUAGACAGGGGCUGAAGACUUACUCCAACUGGCCCACCUUUCCUCAGCUGUAUGUGAAUGGAGAGCUAAUCGGAGGACUGGACAUAGUGAAGGAGCUGGCCGAGUCUGGAGAGCUGGAGAACACCUGCCCGAAAGCCGUCACGCUGGAGCACCGUCUGAAGACCACCAUCAACCAGAGCCCGGUGAUGCUGUUCAUGAAGGGCAACAAAGAGAAUGCGAAAUGUGGCUUCAGCAGACAGAUCCUGGAGAUACUCAACGGCACCGGGGUGGAUUAUGACACCUUUGAUAUUCUGCAGGACGAGGAGGUGCGUCAGGGGCUGAAGACUUACUCUAACUGGCCAACUUACCCCCAGCUCUACGUGAAUGGGGAGCUGAUCGGAGGUUUGGACAUAGUCAAGGAGCUGAAUGGGAGUGGAGACCUGGUAUCAGUUAUGAAGGGGGACUCCUAGUUUCACAGACGGGGCGACAAGAAGCUACAACACAUGCUUAAGUGCCAGGAAGACGAAGAGAAGUUGGGGUUAAUAAUCAAAAUACCCAUGUCCAAGAUAUUGUAGCAUCUGGAUAGCUUUAUCUUCUGUUUCAAAAAUAAAACAGCAGUUAACAAUGGGAUUGGCUUUAUUUAAAUAAACAUUGUCCGUAGAUUCUACAUCUUCAGAUAUGUUGACACCUACCCAUAUUUGGUCCUUUUUUAAAAUUUCUUUGCUUUGCUGUUUGACACUGGAGAAAUAACAGGAACAGCUGACUACUUAGUAUUUACAGCCUUGACUUUAACAUGUUCAUAUUUAGUGAAUGCUGUUGAUUGUUCAUCAGUAAACAGUAAAUGUGAUUAAACUAUACAAACAUUU